AUGAGAGUCACCUGGGAGAGGGAGCUAGCUGCCCAAGACGUGGCGGGCUCUUACUCCGCCUGGAGUCACACUUAUUUUAGAAGCAACUCCAGCUACUCCAGCUACUCCUUUGAGGGCUACUAUUCUAAAGACACGGAGAUAAAAAUUAAGGAUUGGGCCCUACCCUGGGCAAUUCUGGUGGAACCAAGACAUAAAACGCUGUCACGUGAUACAGUUAAGUCCUCUGGAAGCCCAGAGGGAAGGUCAGAGCCGCCUUUGCUGGGGGAGGUGAACUCUGGCUGGAGUCGAAGCUGAAGCCUGGGUUAAACAGAAUGAAGAAAAGGCGGUAUGGACAUGUGAGAUGCAGAAGCAAGGCCACGUGCGGCUGGAGGUGUGGCAAGGACACAGGAAGGAGAGCCUCCUCCAUGGAUGGGAAGGCAGAUGUGAAGUCUCUCAUGGCGAAGUUUAACAGCGGGGGCAACCCCACGGAGGAAGCCUUGGUCAAUAGCCGGCCCUUCAAGGUCACGGGCCAAAACUCCCCUUCAGGAAUACAGGCCAAAAAGAACUUGUUCAACAGCCAAGGAAAUGCCAGCCCUCCCGCAGGACCCGGCAACGUGCCCAGGUUCGGGUCCCCAAAGCCACCUGUGGGGGUGAAACCUUCUUCUGAGGAAAAGCCUGACAAGGAGCCCAAACCCCCGUUUCUAAAGCCGACUGGAGCCAACCCACGGUUUGGAGCACAGGCUAACCCGGCCACCAGAGACCCCGAGGCGAAAGCGGGAUUUCCGAAACCUGCAGGCCCCAAGACCUUCAACCUGCCCAAAGAGGAUUCCAAACCUGCGUUUCCCCGGCCUCCUGGGAACAAGCCUGCGCUUCACAGUGCAAACCAGGACCCUGACCUAAAGCCUCUGGGUCCCAAGCCCGGGUCUCAUCCUCCAGCCCAGGAAAAUGAACCGAAGCCAGCGUUCCCAAGGCUGCCCGGGGCUAAAGGCAAGUUUGUGUCAGCCUCACCGGAGCAGGACCCCAAGCCCCUCUUCCCUAAACCCGCCUUUGGCCAGAAGCCAUCCCCUUGUGCCCAGGACCCCCAGGAAGAUGAGAGCCCUUCUAAGACGGCGGCUCCACAGAAAGGCCUCCCGGCCCCCCCGGGACCCAAGGCCAGGUCUGGUCCUUUGAAACCUGCCAGGGAAGAUCCAGAGAAUAAAGAGCAGGGAAGCGAGACCUCAAGUUCUCCUUUUUCUGGGGUCGUUCUGAAACCUGCCGCGAGCAGAGGCACCCCAGGCCUCCCCAAACCUGCUGAAGAGAAAAGAGACGAGAGGAAGAUGGAUGCUGCCAAGAACGUCUUCCUGAGCAAGAUGAAUCAGGAGGAGCCGGCCCCUGGGGUUCCUCCUGCCAAGUUCCCUAAGACACCUUCCAAGCCGACGAUGACAGGGACCUGGGGCCAAGGUCAAGAAAAGGAAAAGGGGGACAAGAGCUCAGCCACCCCCAAGCAGAAGCCCCUGCCACCCCUGUUUACCCUGGGUCCCCCUCCGCAGAAGCCCAGCAGACCCCCGCAUGUUGACCUAUCGAAGUUCCGAAAAGCCACUUCUGGAAACAGUACCAGCAAAGGCCCAACAUCUUACUCAACAACUUCCCUACCACCACCUCCACCAUCCCAUCUGGCCAGCCAACCGCCACUGCCAGCCUCUCACCCAACACAAUCGUCAGUCCCAAGUCUACCUCCCAGGAACAUUAAACCUCCUUUAGAUCUCAAAAGCCCUGUAAAUGAAGAAAACCAUAAUAGUGUCAUGCACUCCGAUGGUACUGGAAAUCUCGAUGAGGAGCAAGAGAGUGAAGGAGAAACAUAUGAAGACAUAGAAGCAUCCAAAGAAAAAGAGAAGAAAAGAGAAAAAGAGGAAAAGAAGAGAUUAGAGCUGGAGAAAAAAGAACAAAAAGAGAGAGAAAAGAAAGAACAAGAAAUAAAGAAGAAAUUUAAACUCACGGGCCCUAUUCAAGUCAUCCAUCAAGCAAAAGCUUGCUGUGAUGUCAAAGGAGGGAAAAAUGAACUGAGUGUCAAGCAAGGAGAGCAAAUUGAAAUAAUCCGCAUCACAGACAACCCUGAAGGGAAAUGGCUGGGCCGAACAGCCAAGGGGUCCUACGGCUAUAUUAAAACAACGGCGGUAGAGAUUGACUAUGAUUCCUUGAAACGGAAAAAAACCUCUCUUGGUGCCCUUUCAUCAAGACCUGUUGAAGAUGACCAGGAAGUAUAUGAUGAUGUCGCAGAGCAAGAAAAUGUUAGCAGCCACAGCCAGAGUGGAAGUGGAGGGAUGUUCCCACCUCCCCCAGAUGAUGAUAUUUAUGAUGGGAUUGAAGAGGAGGAAGUUGCUGACAGCUCCACGCCACAGGUUGAAGAGAAGAGUAACACGUGGUCCUGGGGGAUUUUGAAGAUGAUAAAGGGAAAAGAUGACAGAAAGAAAAGUAUACGAGAGAAACCUAAAGACUCUGAGUCAGACAAUAAUGAAGGUUCAUCUUUCCCUUCUCCUCCGAAACAAGUGGACACGGGAGAGGAAGUUUAUGAUGACGUGGAUGCCUCUGAUUUCCCUCCUCCACCAGCAGAGUUGAGUCAAGGAUCCAAGGCCAGGACAGAAGAAAAAGACCCCAAGAAGCUAAAAAAGCAAGAGAAAGAAGAAAAAGACUUCAGGAAAAAAUUUAAAUAUGAUGGUGAAAUUAGAGUCCUCUAUUCGACCAAAGUUGCACCCUCCAUAGCUUCUAAAAAGUGGGGGAACAGAGAUCUACAGGUAAAGCCUGGAGAUUCCCUGGAAGUUAUACAAAACACAGAUGAUACAAAAGUUCUCUGCAGGAACGAAGAUGGAAAAUAUGGUUAUGUCCUUCGAAGUUACUUGGUGGACAAUGAUGGAGAGAUUUAUGAUGAUAUUGCUGAUGGUUGUAUCUACGACAAUGACUAGCUCUGAGCUUUGGUCAUUCUGCGAUGUUCAUUUGAUGUCAAUGUGAACUCUGGGUUUUAGUUGACAUGUUAGCACAGACAAGGUAGCACAUAAAAUUAAUGCUCAAGACUACUUAUUGCCGUUUGUUAUAAAAUUCUUAUAAAGUAAUUAUAAGUUUUGAAAUUUGGGACUUAGAAAAUGAUUUCUUUACAUACAUUUUGGAAGACUACAUCAAUGAGAUAUAAAAAUUAUUAAAUACCCACUUCUGCCUUAGCUGCAGUUAUCAAGGCACUUCUUUUAGACUACCAAUAGACAAUGCUCCCUUCCUAAAAAAAAAAAAAAAAAAAAUCAUUUGAGAAAAAAUGACUGUGUUGUUUAAAGAAAUGUAAAGAAGAACAGCAAAGGAAUAUAAGGAAGGAAACUUUUAAACUUUCCAUAAGGAGAGAACUAUUAUUUGUACUUCUAAUUAUGAUUGUAUCUUAGAUUCACUAUUCAAACUCUGUGUCUGUUAAAAGGCAGUACUGCCUCCUCUCUUACUAGUGGGUUAAAUGUUUUCAAAAUUAUAAUAGUAGCAGAAUGUUUGUAUAAAGUUUGUCCCUGUUUGUUAAUUGUGAAUAUAUUUUAAUUAUUUGUUGAGAAUGGGCACAAAAAGUAUGCAUACCUAAGAUUAAAACUGUAGAAGAGUCUAAAACGUUUUCUUUUUGCAGAUAUAAUUUUGUAUUCUGUUUAAAGUACUGAUGUAACUAGAGUAGAUAUGAAUGAAGACUACCCUAAAAUGGUGAAGAAUGAAGUUUGAAAUUAACUAGCCUUUUAUGGCACCUCUUUACUGUGAAGUUUUUUAUUUUUCAAUUACUUCUAUGAAAGAAAAAAAAUUUUAACCACUUUAGUGAAAAGUUGGCCAGCAGAGGGAGUACAAAUUAAUAAACUUAGCAUUUGGGAUAGGGUAUUUCCCUAUUGGUACAUUCUUAUUCCCAAAGCAACCCCCAAACAAAAUAUGAAGCAUUUGGGUUACAAAUCCUAAGAACACUAAACACCAUGAUUCAAGAUGCAAAGACCUAACACUGAAGAAAAUAGCAUAUUAGGAAAUUUCUUUCACAAGUUCCAAAAUACAAAUUGAGCAAAUCCUAAUGCUGGCUCUGCUAUUAAUAAACCAUGAUGCAAUAUUGGGCAAAUCAUUCA